AUGGAUGCCGCCGAUUCCCUACUCGGAGGCUUCGCGAGUGGCGACAUUGUUCCGGCAGCCGAGGUUGUGCCAGCCCUGAAACGAGAACAAGACUCCACCGACGAUUUUGAACAUUUGGAUCGCGAAAGUAAGCGCGACGAAGCUGGCGAAUCACCGACCCAUCAGCACGGUGCGGCGCGGACCGCGACACAGAGCUUCCUCGAUAUGGAGCGCGAUGAUCUGUUCGUGGACACGCCUCGGGCUCCAUCAGUCACAGAUAAACAGGCUGACCAUUUCGCCGACAAAUUCACCGACAGCGAGUCUGAAGCUGAUACAGCUGGAGAGUCGCCGCUGCACCGACCUAGCCCGCCUCAGCAGAAGUCCGAUGCACCUCUCGAACCUUCGAUAAUAAUUCCUCAACCGGUGCACGAUCCCACGCCGGUUCUAGCAUCUACCCCUGCAUCCACAGCGACCCCUCCGCCGACACCGGCACCUGUACCAUCGCCGAGCCCUGUACCAUCAGCGCCUGAGGCCAAAGUAGAGACUCGGUCGGAGAUAAAACUCGAAACAUCGACGGCCCCCAAGGAUAUGUUGCAUCCAGCACCUGCAACCGAGUCGAAGCCGCUGCAAAAGCCGACACCCCCACCCAAGUCCGCGCUGACAGAGCCAGAGCCCAAGCCCGAAGUAAAGUCGGAACCUGUGAAAGCGCCUACUGCACAUGUCAUCGAAGCCGAAGUCAUCUUCUGCCAGAUGGGGCUGGGUAAGCAUAAUUUGUCGGUAAUUUCUUAA